CCUAUCCUAUCUUGUGGGAGAAACAUAUAACAUAUAAUAAAUUAGGGAAGAUUUGAAUUUUAAAUAAAAGAUAAUGAAAAAUAUUAUAUAUAGAAAAAGAUUUUAAUUAAUUAUAAGAAAUUAUCUUUGAUUUAAAUUUUAAAUAUGAUUGAGAAAAUUUUGCUAUCUGAAGGAAAAUUUUUAGGAAAGUUUAAGACUUUAAAAUCCCUCCCAAUGUAUAUUUUUUAAGAUAUAAAAAGAAAACCUAUUACUGUUCUUUGGUAUUGGCAUCAGUGUGUCUCGAGGCUUAGAGCAAGUGAGCAAUAUCUCCAAGGAUCACGUCUUGCACGUCUUGCACAUCUUGCACUCUAACAAUCAGGUUCUAACUUCUAAGUUUCAAAGUUCAAACAUCAUAUUAUUUUCUAUUUUUCUUAUUUGAUUUGCUUGAUUUUAGGCCUUUAGCACUACAACACACAGAACAAUUAUUCAAAAAACAAACCUUUAAUUUUUCACUCUCUUUUUUGGUUUUUCCUGGUAUUUUUCCCCAGUUUUUAGUGCUUCCAUGGCUGAAAGUAGUGGUCAAGUUCAAAACAAGCAACAAGAACAAAAUAAGAGAAAAGACCCUGGAUGGAAAUAUAAUUUCUUGAGUGACCCAAAUGACACCAAUACUGUAACUUGUUCCUUUUGUAACAAAUCUACAAAAGGAGGGAUUCAUAGAGCUAAGUUGCAUCAAGUUGGAGGUAAUAGGAAUGCUGCUAAAUGUUUGAAGUGUCCUGAUAAUGUGAGGAAAGAGUUGCAAGAUUACAUGGACAAAAAAAAGGUAGAAAAAGAGACAUAUGAUAAUCCAAUUAUAAAUGUUGUGGAUAUAAGUAUGCAUGGUGAAGAAGAGGAGGAGGAGGAGGAGUUGUAUGGAAAGAAAGGAAAAAAUGUUAUGCUUACAUCAAAGAAGCCUAGACAAAAAGGUCCCAUGGAUUCUUUUAUGAGGAAACCAGAGCAAGUUAUUCAAUUACGAAAACAAGGAAAGUUGCGAGAUGGAAAUAUAACUGAUAAAUUUGAUAAGGAGAGAAGAGCUAUGGUUUGUCAAUACAUUGGUCGAUUUUUCUACCAAGCUGGCAUUCCAUUUAAUGUUGCUAACAUGGAUUCCUUUAAAAUUAUGAUUGAAGCUAUUGGACAAUAUGGUCCAAAUCUAAAACCCCCAAGUUACUAUGAGUUGAGGGUGCCAAUUUUGAAGAAAGAAGUUGAACUUACAAAUGAUAUGAUGAAAAAUCAUAGAGAUAUGUGGAAAAGAAAAGGCUGUUCCAUUAUGCUUGAUGGGUGGACUAGCCGAACAAAUAGAAGCUUGAUAAAUUUUUUAGUGAAUUGCCCAGUUGGCACAAUGUUUAUAAAAUCUGUUGAUGCAUCAUCAUAUGUUAAAACAGCAGAAAGAUUGUUCAAUUUGAUUGAUGAUUUUGUUGACCAUGUUGGGGAAGAGAAUAUUGUUCAAAUAGUGACGGAUAAUGGGUCUAACUUUAAAGCUGCUGGUAAAUUAUUAGAAAUGAAAAGGUUGAAUCUUUUUUGGACACCAUGUGCAGCACAUUGUGUAGAUCUUAUAUUAGAAGACAUUGGAAAAAUUUCUAGGGUAUCAAAGACUUUGGCAAGAGCAAUCAAUUUGACAGGGUAUAUAUAUAACCACGUAGGACUUCUAAAUAUGAUGAGAGAGUUCACUAAGCAAAAGGAGUUGGUGAGGCCUGGCAAAACUAGAUUCUGCACUUCAUAUCUUACUCUUAAAAGCAUUCAUCAACAGAAAACUGCAUUGAGGACUAUGUUUACUUCAGAGAAGUGGGAAUCAAGUAAGUGGUCAAGAGAACCUAAAGGAAAGCGUGUGGUUGAAAGUGUGCUUAUGCCUUCUUUUUGGAAUACUGUUUCUUAUAUAUUAAAAGUUAUGGGACCUCUUGUUCGAGUGCUAAGACUUGUAGAUAAUGAAAAAAAACCAGCCAUGGGUUAUAUAUAUGAAGCAAUGGAUAGAGCCAAAGAGGCAAUUCAAAAGGCAUUUGAUAAUAAUGAAGAUAAGUAUAGAGAGAUUUUUCAUAUUAUUGAUGAAAGGUGGAAUUGCCAACUUCAUCAACCUCUACAUGCUGCAGCUUAUCUCCUAAAUCCAGAAUAUUAUUAUGACAACCCAGAUAUAGAGUUUGAUGAAGAAAUCACUAGGGGCCUAAUAUCUUGCAUAGGGAGACUUGUGAAAGACCCAACCGCCCAAGAGAAGAUCAUGAAUGAAUUGACAAUAUAUAAAAGAGCAGAGGGACUUUUUGGGGUUGAUUUGGCCAUUAGAACAAGGAAAACAAGAGCUCCAGCGGAAUGGUGGGCUUCUUAUGGAAGCUCUAGCCCUAAUUUACAACAUUUGGCAAUCAGAAUACUAAGCCUUACUUGUAGUGCAUCAGGCUGUGAACGUAAUUGGAGUGUGUUUGAACAGAUUCAUACAAAAAAGCGGAACAAGCUUGCUCAAGAUAGACUCAAUGAUUUGGUCUUUGUGAAAUACAAUCAAGCACUGAAAAAUAGAUAUGAUAGGCAAGAUGUAGAUCCCAUUUCCUUGGCGGAUAUUGAUGAAAGUAAUGAAUGGCUACUUGGUAGUAUGAUGGAUGUCGAUGAGGACGCAGCAGAUGAGCGUGUUUUUGGUGAUGAUGAGAAUGAAGAGUUAACAUGGGGGGCUGUUGCAUCAGCAGCAGGUGUUGGAGAACCAAUUAAACAAACAAGAAGCCAAAGCCAAGCUAAAGGAAAAAAAGCUAGCUCAUCUAGAGCUAAAGGAAAACAACCGAUUACCAACAUUGAGGAACUUGCAAAUUUUGAUUCAGAUGAGUUAGAGGAAGACGAUGAAAGAUAUAAAUCCAACAAUGAAGGAGGAGAAAGUCCUGAGCUUGCCACAUCUGAAUCUGAUUCAGAUUUCUAGUUUGAUUUUUUUAUAGGCCUCAAUAUUGUUUUUUCAUAUUUUAAAGACAUUUUAUGCACUUGAUUGAUUAUUGGAAUAGUUUAUAUUAUUUUGUUGUAAUUUUGUAGAAGUUUAUGAUUGAAGUAGAUUUAUAUUUAUCACUUUAUCUAUGGUUUGUUGUCUAUAAUCUAUGUAUUAUGCAUUUUAUCUAUAGUAGCGCCUUGCUUCACUCAGGCGUGCGCCUUUGUAGCGCCUUGCGCCUAAGGCGUUUUACCAACUUUGCGCCUU